AUGUGGAACCAUAUUAGAAAGAUUGAGAAUCUGACUGCAUUUAUAGAGCCCUUUUCAUGUCCAUAUAUUGGGAGCCCACAAGAACAUUUCCCUGUAUGUGUUCCCCUUGUAUAAGCACCAUACUGCAUAUGUCUGUAUUCCAAUCUGUUAUGUGCAUGCAAAAUUACAAAUAUAUAUAAUAUACACUUAUUAGUUUAUAAUAUAUUAUGAACUAGGGAUUGGAGUCACUUGCUGGCUGUGAAUGUCGUUCACAAUGUAGCAGAAAGCUGAAGAUCUCAAAUAAGGGAAAAGUUACAGGGUGCCCUUGCAAAGGAAAUGGUUUGAAAUGUGGACAGAGCUGUAGUUGUGGAACUAAAAAUAAACCAUGUAAAAAUAAGGUGAGACAUCGACUAUUUAUUUCCAUAUCGUUUAUGUUAUAUCAAACAGUAAAUUACAAGACAGAAUCUAUUAACAGUCAAAUGUUUUAUAAAACCUUGGAAAUUUGUGGUUGCUUUUGGAGUUUUUAAAUGCUUUAAAGUUUAGUUAUGUUGUAUAUACAUUCUGCGUUGACCAUAUAUUUUGACAAUAUAUCGAAUUAAUAUUAUAUUGUUGACCUUGAAAGACACAAGAAGAUACAAGACCUGAAGAAUCUGGAAGAGAGAAAGAGCCACAUGUAAAUGAACUCUCAGUUGAGGUGAGUUUCUUGUUAAUACAUAUUGUUUGUAAUGCCACAACAUGCUUCAUUCUAACAUCAAAUGAGACAGUGGGUUUAUGGGUGUUUGAUAGAAAGACAUAACUUUCCUAACAUUUUUUUUUGUUUAUCCAUGCAGGAUUUGCUUGCAUCUCUAACUCCAGAUCAAGUCUUGGAGGUAGCAAAGAGGGGUUUCCAAUCUAGGCUACUAGAGCUGCAAGACCUCAUAUCAUCUCUUGACAACAAUACUGGUGAACAAGAACUCCCAGGACGUGCUACCAACUAUAAUUGUACUUGUGGAUACUGCAGAAACAUGCCAACAUCUAAAGAAGAAGUUUGUUGCAAGGAAAAGAAAAAUUGCAGGGCAAAAUCAAUGGCAUUUUAUAACAGUUGCAUAGAGUCUGACAAUCUUUCUACUGCAAUUCGGAACAUGGGUGAUACAUACGUAUUCACACCCACUUACGAUAAUCGAGCUAUGAGACAUGCUGCUUAUAGACAGUACAUAAUGUGGCAGCAUGGGCACUUAGGCAAAGGUCAUCGAAGAGUCAUACCUUCAUGUUGUGUUUGGGAAAUUCGAAAGUAUUACCCAUCCCCCAAUGGACAAUACACUGGUUAUAAAGAUUAA